UGUCGUGCUGUCGGAGUCUCGGCACCGCCGCGUUCGGCUCCUGUUGCACAUCGCUCAUCUUCCCCGCCACCGGAUGAAGGCUGCUGGACGGCGGACUGAACCUGCGGCUGGUGCUCGGAUCUACCGGAAUGCGCAUCACAACAAUGUCAGCAAAGAUGAGCAACAGUUCUGCGAGCCCCAUGACAGCCAGCAGCAGCAGCAGCGCCACGGCUGGACGCGCAUCCGGAAAAGCCACCAGCUUCAUCCCAGAGCUCCAGAGCAUGAUGUUUGCCCUUGGUGACUCUCGAAGACCCUUGCAUGAGACCGCUGCGCUGGUGGAAGACAUUGUGCACACCCAGCUCAUCAAUCUCCUUCAUCAGGCAGCCGAGGUGGCCCUCCUGAGAGGGGCCCGGGUCAUUUCCCCAGAGGAUAUCAUCUUCCUAAUGAGGAAAGACAAGAAAAAAUUACGAAGACUCAUCAGAUACAUGCAGUACAGAGACUACAAAUCCAAAAUCCUGAAAACCAUUGAUGAUGAAGACCCGCUGGAUACAGACAAAUACAGCAGCGUCAACAAGAGGCAGAGAGUGGCGCAGGACUUCCUGAGCUCCAUCGACCAGACGGGGGAAUUCCUGUCUCUAGUGGAGGAAGAGGAGGUGGAUGAUGUCAAGCAGGAGAGGCUGGAGAGAAUGGAAAAAAUGACUAGAAACAUGGAUUCCAGUCAGUACAGUGAUUUCUGUGAGAGUCGACAGCUCAGUUUCUCUAAGAAGGCUUCGAAAUUCCGCGAGUGGUUGGACUGCAGCAGUCUGGAUGUGAAGCCCAAUGCCAUGUCUAUGGAGAUCCUGUCAUAUCUGGCCUACGAGACGGUGGCUCAGGUUGUUGAUCUCGCCCUUCUGGUUAAACAAGAUAUGACUCCCAAAACGGGUGAUCCUUUUCAGCACGCCAUAUCAGCCACUUUCAUUCAGUACUCCAACUCUUCUGCUGAGGCCUCAAGCACCAAAAAGGAGUCCGACUCCCCAGAGAACACCCCUCCAUCCACUCCUGGUGGCCCUCAGACAGCGGGACACCAGGGCAGGAUGCACUCGAUGGCACAGGGCAACGGAGGAUUCACACAAGAUGGCAACAGUAAGAUUAAACAGCGGAAACGAAAAAAGAGCACGGCAGCCUGUGGCGCAGAGGCUCAGAGCAGUGCCAUCCAACCAACCCACAUCAGAGAAGCCAUCAGGCGCUACAGCCACAAAAUCGGCCCGCUCUCCCCCUUCUCAAGUUCCUACCGCAGGAACGCCAUGACUUUCCUGGCCUGCUGAGGUGAACGGAGGGAUCCAAGGUGGGCUUUCUGUCCGAGAGGGUCUCCUGCCUGUCUUCCCUCAUCGGUCUGUUCAUUUUGUUUGUGUCGGUGUGUCUUUGUUUACAGGUUUGGACAGGAAGUCCUGCAGCGCUGUGGAGUCUGCCGGAAAUCUGGAUGACAGCGUUUGGUUUCGUUGAUGUUCAUGUAAAUUGCAGGAAUACAAGUUUCUGUUUAUUUGUUUCUCUUUUGAGCUAAUUGCAAAAAAUUCUGAAAAACCUUUUUUUUUUUUUUUUUUAUCUUUUUGAAUGUUUUGAUGAUCUGUAGAAUUUGUUCCUGAUGUUUUUUGCUGUUCUUUGAAGUGUUGGGGGAAAAAAAAAAAACACAUUUCUUUUGAUGCU